AUGUCACGAUAUUCUUUCGAAGAUAUUCAUCUUAAUUAUCAAGAUUCCUCUUCACUCGUAUCUCCACCAACAUCUCCACCAAGAUAUCCCUUACCACCACCACCUCAAUCGCAACCGCGUAAUCCUUUAAACUUCGCCUCGCAAUCAAAUUCAUCACAAGCUCAAGAAUCAUAUAGCCAACAGAUUGGAAUGUCAAAUUCUGCUUCAUUAUUACAUUCACGAGAAAACUAUGGGGAAGUGGAACCUGUGAGUCCGAUAAUAGAUAAUCCACCAAUUCCUCCACCACAUCGGUCGUCACAAUCUAGUCAGGAAUCUAGAAUACGCAAUCAAAACAAUAACACACACGUUACAUCGGGACCAGGUAAUUUUAGUGAUCAAGCUGCGGGUGGUAGAAACGGCGUUGCUAUGAGUGUCGCAAAUUCAAAUGCCGGGGAAAGUGGUGUGGAAGCCACAAGACAUACCCCAGGAUAUGAUCCAACACAACCUUCAUACCAAGAGUCUCCAUUCCAACGCCCGUUUCCACGGCAAGAUGCAUCAACAUCAUCUCUGACCCCUUUAAAUGUUGCUGCUUUCCCAACCGGAAUGUCAACUCCUUCUUCACGUUCGACUAUUUCUGGUCGAAAUCCUCCUUCAGAUCCUUACACGGAUUCUCCUUACCCAUAUAAUCGAUAUUCAAGGGCAAUUGACCCAGAACUGGUUGAAUUUGACCCCAGUACGAUUGCAGACGACGGAGACGACGGUUUAGGAUAUAGACGAGUUAAUAGAUCUUCUGUCUUGAGUUUAAAUAAAAUGUCAGAUAGCGGAUCACGAACACCUCCGGGUGGGAAAGCUAUAGCAGCUGGCGGUGUUGUGGGAGCCUUGGGUGGUCUUGUUGGAAAGAAGAGUGCGAAUGCGAAUGGGGAAAAUACACAAUACAACGAUGUUACAAAUGCACAAAACGGUUAUAAUGGGACGGACACUUACAAUCUUAGUGUGGAAAAGAACGAAUGGUUGAAGAAACCACCAGGGGGUAACAAAAAGAUGAGACUAUGGAUCGCUUUACUGGUUGGAUUUUUAAUUUUAGCGGCCGUGAUUGGAGGAGCGGUUGGUGGUACAUUGGCGGGCAAUGCGAAGGGGGGAUCGGAUUCAGGAGUCUCUCAAAAUGGGGUCACCAACGGACAAUCUGCAUUGUCAGAUACUUCCAAAAAUGGCGAUCUUAACAAGGAUUCAGCGGAGAUCCAAAAGUUGUUGAACAAUCCCGACUUGCACAAGGUUUUCCCCGGAAUCGAUUAUACACCAAUGUAUACACAAUACCCAGCUUGCUUGUCAUACCCAGCAAGUCAGAACAACGUUACAAGAGAUGUGGCUGUGCUUUCGCAACUCAGCAACACUCUUCGUCUCUAUGGUACGGAUUGUAAUCAAACGGAGAUGGUUCUACAUGCUAUUGAUCAAUUAGGAUUGAAUGGUACCGUUAAAGUUUGGUUGGGUGUUUGGCAGGAUUCAAACACUACUACUAAUACUCGUCAGCUCGAGCAACUCUACAAGAUUUUUGAUGAACAUGGAUCAGCAUCUUUUGUUGGUGUUAUUGUUGGUAAUGAGGUUCUCUAUAGAGAAGAUAUGACUGCCUCCGAGCUCACAUCUAUUAUCCAAGAUGUCAAAUCUAAUAUGACAACUCGUGGUAUCGAUCUCCCAAUCGCUUCUUCGGAUCUUGGAGAUAACUGGACCGCAGAGCUCGCUAACGCAGUCGACUUUGUAAUGGCUAACAUUCAUCCCUUCUUCGCUGGUGUUACGGCUGAGGAAAGUGCUGGUUGGACAUGGGACUUUUGGCAAAAUCACGAUGUGGCCUUCAAAACAAAUGCAUCUCAAAACAUUAUCUCGGAAACUGGAUGGCCUACACAAGGUGGUACUGAUUGUGGUGCUGCUACUACUUGUGCUCAAGGUAGCGUGGCAGGAAUCACGGAACUAAACACUUUCAUGGAGAACUGGGUCUGCGAUGCAAUUACAAACGGAACGAACUACUUUUGGUUCGAGGCAUUUGAUGAACCUUGGAAGAUUCAAUAUAAUUCAGGAGAUCAAAAUUGGGAAGAUCAUUGGGGUAUUAUGGAUGUUAAUAGGGUGUUGAAGGAUGGAGUGAAAAUUCCUGAUUGUGGAGGAAAGACAGUUUCAUGA